CUGGCGGCGGGUCCGGCUCCGCUGGCUGUUGCUGCAGGCGGCGGGUCAUGAUGGUUCGACUUGCAGAGGGUGGCAGUGAGCCGCGGUAGAGGCUGCGGGCUCGGUUUGGCUGACUGGGGAAUCGGCAGGAGGCAGGAAGAAUGAUAGCAGCAGACACUUAUUUAGUGUUAUCAAAUUGGCAGAAAUGUCCUUGCUAGUAUUUGUAGGAGAGAUAGACAUCUGACCAACUUUUCCAGUUCUGCAUCCCUUCAGGUCAUUCAUUCAACAAGUAUUUAUUGAGUACUUCCACAAGCCAGGAGCCAUGCGAGGCCAGUGGAGCCUGCUACUGGGCCCGGCCCGCCUCUGCCUACGCUUGCUUCUGCUCCUGGGUUACAGACGCCGCUGCCCACCUCUGCUCCGGGGCCUGGUACAGCGUUGGCGCUAUGGCAAGGUCUGCCUGCGCUCCCUGCUCUAUAACUCCUUUGGUGGCAGUGACACUGCAGUUGAUGCUGCCUUUGAGCCUAUCUACUGGCUGGUGGACAACGUGAUCCGCUGGUUUGGGGUGGUGUUCGUGGUGCUGGUGAUCGUGCUGACCAGUUCCAUCGUGGCCAUCGCCUACCUAUGUGUCCUACCUCUCAUCCUCCGAACCUACUCAGUGCCACGACUCUGCUGGCAUUUCUUCUAUAGUCACUGGAAUCUGAUCCUCAUCGUCUUCCAUUACUAUCAGGCCAUCACCACUCCGCCUGGGUACCCACCCCAGGGCAGGAAUGAUAUUGCCACGGUCUCCAUCUGUAAGAAGUGCAUUUACCCCAAGCCAGCCCGGACACACCACUGCAGCAUCUGCAAUAGGUGUGUGCUGAAGAUGGAUCAUCACUGCCCCUGGCUAAACAACUGUGUGGGCCACUACAACCAUCGGUACUUCUUCUCUUUCUGCUUCUUCAUGACUCUGGGCUGUGUCUACUGCAGCUAUGGAAGUUGGGACCUUUUUCGGGAGGCUUAUGCUGCCAUCGAGAAAAUGAAACAGCUCGACAAGAACAAACUACAGGCGGUUGCCAACCAGACAUAUCACCAGACCCCACCGCCCACCUUCUCCUUUCGAGAAAGAAUGACUCAUAAGAGUCUUGUCUACCUCUGGUUCCUGUGCAGUUCUGUGGCACUUGCCCUGGGUGCACUAACUGUAUGGCAUGCCGUUCUUAUCAGUCGAGGAGAAACUAGCAUCGAAAGGCACAUCAACAAGAAGGAGAGACGUCGGCUACAGGCCAAGGGCAGAGUAUUUAGGAAUCCUUACAACUAUGGCUGCUUGGACAACUGGAAGGUAUUCCUGGGUGUGGACACAGGAAGGCAUUGGCUUACCCGGGUGCUGUUACCUUCUAGUCACCUGCCCCAUGGGAAUGGAAUGAGCUGGGAGCCCCCUCCCUGGGUGACUGCUCACUCUGCCUCUGUGAUGGCAGUGUGAACUGGAUUAAGCAUUCAUUUGGCUCCCUACAUUGUCUCAAGGGCCUCCAAGGACAGCUUUUCUUGGAAUCCUUGAUCAAAAAGGGCCAGUGGGCCUGCCCGAGGGUACCAUGCAGGAACAACUCAAGGACCAACCUUCUGGCCACUGCAGAAGCAAUGUGGAGAAAUCCUAGGACUGACAUCCCUUUACUCAGGCAAACAAGUUCCAGCCCCAGAUGAGGGGUCAGGCAGCUAGCUACCUUGCCUGGUGCUGACCCUGACCACCUCUGGGUUACAGCACUGGGGUUGGCCACCACCUUUUCCCACUUGCUGUCUGAGAAAACACUUGACUGGUACAGCUGAGAUCCUGGCUUCUCAACAGGGCAAAGAUACCAGGCCUGCUGCUGAGGUCACUGCCACUUCUCACUGCUGCUGAAGGGAGCAAAAAUAAAGGUAUUUGAUUUUUAAA